UUUUUGCAGUAACUUCAGUUGGGCAACGAAAAUUUGUGAUUCUUCUGUAACAUUUUGGGAAAAAGGGAAAGAAUUUUUUGUUGAGAAAUCCUCAACAACUCCACUCCACAUAUCCCAUUUACACUCCACUCCUUAGGCUACAAUUCCAUUGCAAAAUGCUCUGAGAUCGGACACCCCGUUUUGGGUUGCAAAAGUGACGAUGAAUCUUCAGUCACUCAUAAAGGAUUUCAAUCCAAGCAAGUUCAUCGUCCACAGUAGUUUAUUUCUCUUCACGAUCCUCUUCUGUUUGCGAAUCGAUGGAUUUAUUGACUGGCCCUAUUGGGCAAUCUUCAGUCCACUUUGGUUCUGGAAGGCAGUUGCAACACUCGGAGCCACUGUUGGGGCUAUUGUGUGGUGCAGGUAUCCGCACUAUCGUGUCGAAGGUGAUUCCUAUGCCCACUUCAAAGCAAUGCUGAUCUCAUUGUCGCUGCAUCUGAUGCUUUUGAUGUUUGAACUUUUGUCUUGCGAUCAACUGAGCUCUGGGAAUCACCUGUGGGUACUUGUCUUCAUUCCCCUCAUCUUCGGCAGCGUAGCAAGUGUUGGAGCCUGCGUUUGGGCUGUGAAGCACGACAGAUCCUUCGAAUUGGAGCUCUUUUUGGCUGUUAAUACGCUCCAAUUUGUGUUUCUGCCACUUAAAUUGGACGACUUCGUGGGAUGGCGAUGGGAGAUUGUCUUCAUUCCAUUUUGGAUUGUCCUCUGUUUGAGUCUCAUUGGUGUCCUGUACAAUAUUAUAUUCUGCGGUAUCCUCCUGAGGACACCCGAAGUGUCGGCUGAACAGAAACGUUCAGCUGUCAAUUCCGCCAUUGGGAAUACAUUGUGCGUUGUAUGUAUCCUGGCAUUCCAGGUGUUAAUUGCCGAUAAACUCGAUGGUGAUCUCGAAUGGCCACUAAUUGCUGUGGCUGGUCCCCUUCUCAUGGCUCUCUUCAUACUCAUCCUCCUGAGUUUUAGUGCAAAAGGCGGGAAUAAGUGGUGGUUUGGCAUUCGCAAAAACUUCAGUCAGUUCAUCCUAAGCUCCUUGCCAUGCUUACAGGAGUACGGGAACAUCGCGUAUCACAUGGACAGUGGGCAGAACGUUCCUCUGGACACGACAAAUAGCGUUCAAGUGGACCAUUUGUACGGGAAGAAGGCGCAGAAGAUUCAAAAUAAGAACGAUCACCACAAACCCGUUGUACCCAUCAUCAAUAUCGAUAUUCCCGAUUAAAGAAUAUCACGUAAAUGAGGCUCCUUCUCCCUUCCCUCAUUCCUGCUUCAUCCUGCAAAUUAACUCGUCGCCUUCCCCUUGAAUGUAAAAAACAGCGACUCCCAGGAAUGAGUUUGAAAUAUCAGAAUUCUUCAGCACGUAAGGACAAUGUUUUCACAAAAAAAUGCUAAAUAAAUAUAUUUUUUAGAGAUUUGUAAAUAACAAAAAAAAAUAAUUUUUUUGCAACAAUUCGAGCGCGAAUUGUGACGCAGUUGAUUCUUUAACUAAAACAAAAACACGAUAUAUAAUGUUAAAGAUAAGAUUAUAACAAGAGAAAUGUAUAUUAGUUGAUCGCCAAAAUAUUUUAUACAUGAUUAUAGUCAUAGCAUACAGAUUUAGAACAAAUUAAAUCAAUAUUUUAAUCAUA